GACACAAACCGCUGCUCAUUGCUCCCCAGUGAAAGCGGCAUUUUAAUCGAGGGAGUCGGUGCUCGAUUGCUCUGGUCGGACGCGAAAUAUGGCAGAAUCGGAGUAUAGCGUUUCAGUUCCUCGCUUGAGCUCCCUUCUACAAAUGGAUCCUUACCUCAAAACCUUUGAAAAGGACUUCCAGAGGAGGUAUGGGCUGUUUGAGAAGCAGCUCACACUCCUUGAGGAGGCCGAAGGAGGCUUUGAUCAGUUCACACGCAGCUAUAAGAGUUACGGAGUACAGCGGAUGCCAGACAACAGCCUCGUCUUUAAGGAGUGGGCCCCAGCCGCCGAGGCUCUGUUCCUCACUGGAGACUUCAAUGGCUGGGAUAAUUUUUCACAUCGCUACAGUAAAAAGGACUUUGGGAAAUGGGAGCUGCACAUACACCCAAAAGAGGACAAGACACCUGCUGUCGCUCAUAACUCCAAGCUGAAGGCUCUGGACGAUAAGAACCAGAUGCAGACUCUGGCUGACUGGACUCGAAUGAAUGGCUGGGAUAAUUUUUCACAUCGCUACAGUAAAAAGGACUUUGGGAAAUGGGAGCUGCACAUACACCCAAAAGAGGACAAGACACCUGCUGUCGCUCAUAACUCCAAGCUGAAGAUUAAUCAAAGUCUCAUGAAGAUUAAUCAAAGUCUCAUGAAGGCUCUGGACGAUAAGAACCAGAUGCAGACCCUGGCCCUGUCCCAGUUCAGGCCCUUGGACUCGGAUGAGUUGAGUGUCAACUGGAUUAUGUUCCCGUCGGUCUGGCUCAGCAUCUGUCUAUUCUCGCACUCUUUUCUGGGUAAUUAUAUAAACUGGCAAACCCGUGGUGUGGCAGUUUGGCGUUCCAGCAUGUCCUCGGGUGAGAAGCCGCUAAUGAUUGAGCCCCACUGGGACGCUGCUCUGAAAGAGAGAGAUAGGGAGACUCAGGAUGGAGAGCUCCCGCGGGUGCAUUCACACGGUGAGAGACACUCCGUUAUCGAUCUGCUCUCCUGUACUGACAGUCGUGUGACUGUGCGUGGCAGCGGGGAGGAAGAGAAGAGAGGAGCGACUCUGAGUUAUAACUGUAUUCAGCUGAUGGCGAUCAUGGAGCAUGCAUACUAUGCUAGCUUCGGUUACCAGGUCACCAGUUUCUUCGCAGCAUCAAGUCGUUACGGCACCCCAGAGGAACUCAAGGAGCUGAUUGACGUGGCUCACUCUCUGGGUAUCAUCGUCCUGCUCGAUGUGGUGCACAGCCACGCAUCCAAGAACACAGAGGACGGGCUGAACAGCUUUGACGGCUCUGACUCCUGUUUCUUCCACAGCGGGCCCUGUGGAGAACACAGCCUCUGGGACAGCAGACUCUUCAACUACUCUGGCUGGGAGGUGUUGCGAUUUCUCCUGUCAAACCUGCGCUGGUGGAUGGAGGAGUACAGAUUUGAUGGAUUCAGGUUUGAUGGAGUGACGUCUAUGCUCUACCAUCAUCACGGGAUCGGAUCAGGAUUUUCCGGGGAUUAUACUGAAUACUUUGGUCUCCAUGUAGAUGAGGACUCUCUUGUCUACCUCAUGUUGGCAAACCAUAUUUUGCACACCCUCUAUCAGGACUGCAUCACUAUUGCAGAGGAUGUGUCCGGUAUGCCCACCCUUUGCCGUCCAGUCCAAGAAGGAGGUCUGGGUUUCGACUAUCGCCUGGCCAUGGCUAUUCCCGACAAAUGGAUUCAAAUCCUUAAGGAGUUCAAGGAUGAAGACUGGAACAUGGGAAACAUCGUGUACACAAUGACCAACAGGCGAUACGGCGAGAAAUGCAUCGCUUAUGCCGAAAGCCACGACCAGGCCCUGGUGGGAGACAAAACACUGGCCUUCUGGCUGAUGGACAAGGAUAUGUACACCAACAUGAGCGCUUUGAUUCCCAUGAACUCCGUUAUUGAUCGGGGCAUCCAGCUCCACAAGAUGAUCCGACUGCUUACCCACGGCCUGGGAGGAGAGGGCUACCUAAACUUCAUGGGCAAUGAGUUUGGCCAUCCGGAAUGGCUGGAUUUUCCCCGAGUCGGCAACAAUGAGAGUUAUCAUUACGCCCGCCGGCAGUUCAACCUCGGCUGGCUGGCUGCUCCCCCGGCUUACAUCAGCGCCAAACACGAGGGAGACAAGGUGAUCGUCUUCGAGAGGGCCAACGUCAUCUUCAUCUUCAACUUCCACCCAACCAACAGCUACAGCAACUACAGAGUGGCAUUGGGGCCGCCGGGGAAAUAUAAGAUCAAACUGGACUCGGAUGAAAUCCAGUAUGGAGGUCAUGGCAGACUGGACCACAACACUGAGUUCUUCACUGAACCAAUGGAAUUCAACAAUCUGCCCAACUCUAUAUUGGUUUACAUUCCCUGCAGAACCGCUAUUGUUCUGGCCAACGAGGAAAUCGAUUACUUCUACUGAAACACAAUCAGCGAUUCACCGCCAGAUGGAAACCCAGCACACUUCUGUGACUCAACCUACCUCCAUUCACAGCGUGUUUGCCAUCAUCCUUUAGAAAGCCCACGUUUUCCCGAGAAUUGAGUACAAGAUGUUAUGAAUACCUUCUAUCCCAUUUCUGUUCGAGUCAUUUUUUCUCUCAUUGUUCACAGAUUAUUGAUUAUCAAGAAUUAGUUUCUCAAUAUCCCACUGCCCAACUGAGCUAAAGUCUGAUUGUCAAACCCUGUUAUGUUAAAAUUCAAACAAAACUUCAUUCAAAUGGUUAGAUCAUUGCCAGAUCUUAAUUACUACUGAAAUUGCUAUUCAACUGUGAAUAAUGUUAAAGUAAAUAAUCACUUGGAUUGUGGUCAGCACUGUAUUUAUAAUACUGUAAUUGUGAAAAGUAAAUAUAAUUACUUUACAUAAGUUUGAUUUGUCUGCUAUUUAAUUUGACACGAGCACUUUUUGACAUUGUGUCAGUGAUUUAAGUUCUGUAUAAAUAUGUAUGUGCACCAAGUAUUAAUUCAUCAAUUCAAGUUAAAAAAAAUAAAAAAUGGUUUGAGAACGACGUAUUGAUUACAUGUCAGUUCAGUGCUGAGCUCUUGAAUUAUAUAGUUUGUAAUACAUGAACUCUGUGCAAAGUCAUAAAAUCUAAGUUAUAUAUUUUCUGACAGGCUGUUAUUUCGGUGCCUUUAAAACUUUUCAGUCAUAACCAGCUUUUGAUGAAUAUUAAUUUGACUAAAUUAGAUUAUUUUUUUUUUAUUCAUUUAUAAUAUACAAUCUGAGAUAAUAUAGCUUGUGCUAAUAAUAAAUAUGAAUUAAUUUUCAGACAGUCGUGUAGCUCAGAGAAUGUGCUAAUUCACUGCCCGACAUGCAUGUAAACAUCUUUUAUAAUAUAUUUUCUUUUUUUUUUCUCUUCAAUGACAACAGCUUUUUGUAGCCCUGAUCGAGAUCCAGAAGUAAGUCUGUGUUUGAAAAUAUAUGAAAAUUAUGAUUGUAAUCUUAAAGCUGCUCUCCUCAAGGUGUCAUUGGACAUCUUGUUUUGUGGUUCUGGUUGGAAGAAAUCUAAAUUUGCCCUCAAUGAAUUUGAUGCUCUCAUAGAUGUACGGUAAUUGGUAGCAUAGGGCAUGUCAAAACUUAUCCAGGGCCCCAAAACACCCUCGGACCCCAGAGUGUUAAACACUGUGCCAUUUGUGGGUGAAAGCCAUACUAAACUGAAAUAAAGCAC